GUUCGCCGGAAACAUUCAUCAAACUCAGUCUGAUUCGGUACCUGUCGCUCAACGGAGAAGGAAACAUUUGCAUCAUGCAGGCGGUUCAAAGUUUCGUUGCUUUGAUGCUGUUGGCCACCCUUUACGUAGGAUCAUCGAUUGCAAAUUCAUAUACUUGUCCUCCCAAUGCGGAAUUUACCUCAAACGCGCCGUGUGAUUACUUCUGCGGAAUACCGUGCGAUUACAAGGGUGUCACGAAUGUGUGUAUCUGUCGCGAUGGUUACCUGAAGGAUCCGAACACGAUGCAGUGUGUGCUCGAGGGCCAGUGUUCGAUUGCGGCCGAAGUUCCUGUCCUUCGUGGUGCUCCAUCGUUCACGUUUUCGUGCUUCACCUCCUAACCAGUGAGUGGAGUCUGGACAAACUUUUAGGUUUUUUGGUGGAAUGUUUAACGAAAAUCCCUUCAACUGUUUUAUUUUGGAAGAAUAAAUAAGCAAAUGGUGCUGUAAA